GACGGGCCAUGGGAGCGACUGACAGUCUGUUGAACCAGUGCGGAGGUUUGUUGAUACCCGGAGCUCGCGCCUGAACUUUGCCUCAUUGGCUCGUGUUUGUCAAACUCUCCUCGCGGGGUCGCCUCGGGGAAAAAAACUCCGCUUGUCCUUCAGCGUGUCGCUUUGCUGGAGUUGAGGUGUUUACAAUAAAUUGUGUCAGGAAGUCAAAUCAAGGUGAAGGGAGGCUCGUGCUGCAGUCGCACGAUGCUCACUGCACGCGCGCGGAACUCUGAGUUCUUUUGUUGAAAAGUUGGUGUGAAUAUGAACACCAUGACAGGUGAGGUGGUGGUCUGGAGGGGUCUGACCUGGAUGAAGCAGGCAGCCAGCGGGAACCAGAGGCUGGUAAACUUCCAUCACGCCGCCGGAUCAGCAAGGGAGAUGUUCAUCAAACAUCCUAAAGUCUGCGUCCACAGACCCACAGCAGCACAGCUUCACAGAUAUUCCACUCUGGGAGCUUGUUUCAGCACCUGUGUCAUUGGAAGUGUAAACAGCGGUCAAGCGACCUGCAGUGGACGACCCUGCACCAAGCGUCUGAGGUCCCACAGGGACUGGUCACACCGACUGUUCUCUGGACAUACGAGGUUAUUUAACCAGGACAACUCCACGGUGGGACGUCUGACAACAGAGGAUGUUGAUAAAGCAGGAAACACCAAGAAAACAGACUUUAAGCGGCAUAGACAAGUGCUCAGUGAAAUGGCCAGAGAGAGGAAGGUGCCCAUCACACGGAUAGGAAGACUGGUGAACUUUGGAGGUCUGGCGGUUGGACUCGGCUUUGGGGCGAUCGUUGAAGUGGCCAAGAAGAAUUUUUACCCCCAACAACAGAAAGAUGGUAAAAAACCUGUUCUGUCCUCGAGUGCCUUCCUGUCUGAGGCCAACGCUCAAAGAAUCGUCCGAACACUUUGUAAAGUCAGAGGAGCAGCUCUGAAACUGGGACAGAUGCUCAGUAUUCAAGAUGACGCCUUUAUUAACCCCCAGUUGGCCAAAAUCUUCGAGCGUGUUCGUCAGAGUGCGGACUUCAUGCCCUCUAAACAGAUGAUGAAAGCCAUCAGCAGCGACUUUGGCCCAAACUGGAGAGACGAGCUGGAGUACUUUGAGGAGAAGCCGUUUGCUGCGGCGUCCAUCGGUCAGGUGCAUUUAGCGAGGCUGAAGGACGGCAGAGAGGUCGCCAUGAAGAUCCAGUACCCCGGGGUCGGCAAGAGUAUCGACAGUGACGUGAAUAACAUCAUGACUGCUCUGAGUUUAAGCAACGCGCUCCCUGAAGGUCUGUUUCCUGAGCAUCUUAUUGAGGUCAUGAGCCGGGAGCUGGCGCUGGAGUGUGAUUACAUAAGAGAGGCUAAAUGCGCCAAAAGAUUCCAAGAGCUGCUGAAGGAUCACCCGUACUUCUACGUGCCCGAUGUGAUUGACGAGCUGAGCAGCGCACACGUUCUCACCACAACGCUGGUGCCCGGUUUCCCUCUGGACCAGGCCACCGACCUCCCGCAGGAGCUCAGGAAUGAGAUUUGCGAGCAAAUCUUGAUUUUAUGCUUGAGAGAGCUUUUUGAGUUCAGAUACAUGCAGACUGAUCCAAACUGGUCCAACUUCUUCUUUGAUCCACAAACUCACAAGGUUGCACUGUUGGAUUUCGGAGCCACGCGGGGAUUUGAUAAGAGUUUCACUGACACCUACAUUGAGAUCAUUAAUGCAGCUGCAAAACAGGACAGAGAAGGUGUCCUGCAGAAAUCCAGAGAAAUGAAGUUCCUCACAGGAUAUGAGUCAAAGUCGAUGGAGAACGCUCACGUGGACGCAGUGAUGAUCCUCGGCGAGGCCUUCUCCUCCGUGGAGCCCUUCGACUUUGGAUGUCAGAGCACCACAGAGCGCAUCCACAGGCUCAUCCCCGUCAUGCUGAGGGAGCGCCUCACGCCGCCUCCCGAGGAGACGUACUCCCUGCACCGCAAGAUGGGCGGCUCCUUCCUCAUCUGCUCCAAACUAAAAGCUAAAAUAUCCUGCAACAACAUGUUCCAGGAGGCGUACAGCAACUACUGGAGGGACGGACGCCCCGAGUCCACAAACUAGCUGAAGACUGGCCUUUAACUCUCGUGUUUCUGGUAUGUUGAACAAUUUAACUCAAACAUUCAGAAGGUAUUUUUGUGCGACCUGGGCCAGGAGAAUUUUUGCGUUUUUACAUCUCAUCAGGUAAACAAAAAAACAAUAAAUCUGAAUAAUAUUUGCCAAUUAAGAACAAUGUAGUGUGUGACUUAUAUUCCAUGACUCCCAUCCAAACUAACAUAAGUAUUGUUUGAAUGAAUUUAAUAAUUGUGUCUACAUUCUGAAAAUAAAUUGACUCUGAUGUUGCAAAAACAAA